GAUAUCAAAUUUGAAAUAAUGAAAUCCUAUUGGUUGGUGAACCUAGAGGUUCACCCUAGGGGGUGAACCCAAGAAUGACUCUUUUACAAAUAUCAGUUAAUAGGAUAGUAAAAUAAGGUUCCUACGAUUCCAAUCCUUAUCGGCCAUUAUCCGAUUGGAUAUUCUGAAAUGUUCCCAACGUCCUAUUAUCUAGUAUCUACUUUAGACCACAAAUAAACAUGUCUAUCCAAAUUACAAAUUGAUUCAUAUGCUCAUGUAGCACAGCACUACUUAAAGCAAAUGAGAUAAUAAUACUCUAGAAACGGCGAAAGCUACUACCUGACGUUGAACAAGACCCAUAAACAACUUCUCCGAAACAACCCCAUUUCUAUAUUCUUCUACUGUCUUUAUAAAGUCUUUUUGGUUCUUACAAGUAUCAGAUGUCUGACUGGAUGUAAACCAUAGUUUAAAUUCUCGGUAGACUUUAUUCUGCAAGAGAAACAAAGUCAUCAACGAGAAAAUAUAAAUAAUAAGAAAUAUUGGUCAAACAAGUUAAUUACAACCAUUCAUAUUAUAAGAAUUUAUCAUGGAAGAAGAAAAAUAAUGAGAGUUCUAACAAACUUUCGCUGAAACUUCAUGUAAAUCUUUAACUUAAAAUCAACUAAUCCCAUCAAUAUUUAAUAUAUAUUUCAAAGGAAGAAAAAACAUACAAAUUAAUCAAUUUCUCUUCAAUUAUUAUUGUGACACUCAAAGUUGAUGAAAGAACAUAAAGAUCACGUAGUGGUGUCGAUCACCUACGGACCAUCGUCGGAGGGUUCAGUAACGGCGUCGCCAAUCUCUCAUCAGGCCCCGUCAGUUCCGACGCCGUCUUCAUUGGCAUACUCCGUAACGCCAUCAGCAUCGAGGUUCAGCUCACGGCGAGCGUCGGCUCAUGUUUCCGGUUUGGUUCUCCGGUUUAUAACUUUAGUUCUAUGUUUUGUCGCUGCUCUUUCAUUGGCAGUGAAUGUUCAUCGGCCUUCACAGAGACAUCGGUCUCAGAGCUCCUCGAGUUUCGCUUCAUAUCCUGAACUAUUGUAUUGCUUUGGCGUAGCAGUGACAGGACUCGUGUAUACAUCUCUACAAACAUUCAAAGGAGUGUGUGAUAUUACUCACAGAGGAAUUCUAAUCUCUGAGCCUCUCUCGGAUUACAUCAGUUUCAUUCUUGAUCAGGUUAUAUGUUACCUACUAGUAUCAUCUUCUUCCUUGGCAAUUGCGUGGAUCCAACAUGCAAACAGCGAUUCGGUCAAAACACUUAGAAAUAACUCCAUUGUUUCAGCUUCCAUGGCCUUCUCUGCUUUUUUGGUUUUGGCACUCUCGAGCCUCUUGUCUGGGUAUAAGCUUUGCAAGAGAUUUAUGUGGUAAUUAAGUCUUGUAAAGGAUGUUUAUAUUCAAAAUACUGUUUAAUCUAAAUAAGUAACAUAAUGACCAAUUAUUGCAAUAGUUACGUGUUAAUUUGCA